AUGGAAAACAAAAUCAUAAUUUCUCGUCGUGUUGCUAUGGUUUACGAAAUAGUUUCUUUCAUUAAAUUUUUAUUUGGCAAUAGGAUGAUUUUUAUUAUUAGCCUAGUUUUUAUUUUUCUUCAUACCUUUACUAAUAUUCAUUCGAAAUUGAUUACUUAUACAUUAUAUCAAACAAAUGACAUUUGCCAACAUAAUUGGAAAGGAUCAAUUUGUUUACCUAUCUUUCCUUUGAAUAAAACAAAUCAACCAUUAUCAAUAGAACUCGAUAUUAAUAACGUAGAUCAAUGCCCAUUGAAAAUACUUGUUUAUAUCCGUAGUCGUCAAUGUAUUUAUUGUCCUAGAAAUCUUCAUCAUAAAAAUUGUAAUCAUCAACGAAUACGACGAAUGAUAUCAACAAAAAAAGAAUAUAUUCAACGAAAUCAAACAGCUCUUAUUGGCAUUAGCCUUCUCAGUAUUCUUAUUAUCGGAAGUCUAUUCACUCUACUGUUUAUCAAACGCUCACAAGCACAUACGAAUCUCCUUGAAUUAUUCAAUCAACAAGAUAAUUCUAAUUCUAAUAUACAAUCUGUAAAUCAUAUAAAAUUACAUGCAAAUAUUAAAUCAGCUCAAAUGAAUCCGCCACAACCAAUUCGAUUGCAUAUUCCAAAUAAAGUUAAAACGACGAAAUAA